CAUUCCCCCUUCCUCGCAAAACCCUAGCACCACCUCCGCCGCUGCCGCCGCCAUGAAGCGCGACCCGCGCGUGACGAGCUCCCGGCGCAAGUGCCGCAAGGCGCACUUCACGGCGCCGUCGUCCGUCCGCCGCGUGCUGAUGUCGGCGGCGCUCUCCACCGAGCUCCGCAGCAAGUACAACGUGCGGUCCAUCCCGGUGCGCAAGGACGACGAGGUGCAGGUGGUGAGGGGCACCUACAAGGGGCGGGAGGGGAAGGUGGUGCAGGUGUACCGCCGCCGGUGGGUCAUCCACAUCGAGCGCAUCACCAGGGAGAAGGUGAACGGCUCCACCGUCAACGUCGGGAUCCACCCCUCCAAGGUCGUCGUCACCAAGCUCAAGCUCGACAAGGACCGCAAGGCCAUCCUCGACCGCAAGGCCCGGGGCCGCGCCGCCGACAAGGCCAAGGGCAAGUUCACCGCCGAGGACGUCGCCGCCGCCGGAGCCGCCGGGGCGUCGCUCCAGGAGAUCGAUUAGGCUUUGGAGAUCCCCCUCCUCCUCUGUUCGUACCGUCUGUCCUACUACUACUGCUACUAUUAUCUAGUUCAUGCUGCUUGAAAACUGCUGCUUUGUCACUGAAUUGUUUGUCAAUGUUGGGUUUUGGAACCUUAUAUUUGGAUCUAGUACGAUGUCUUGGAUUUCGAUAUCAAGAACUCAUUACAUGUUUAACCUUAAAUUUUGUUAUCAUGCCUGUGCGAAUUUUGUUGUAAUGCGCCACUCUUAGUAACUGAAGAUGCCAUGGAGCAACUGGAGAUGAUC